AUGAAUGAGACCCAGCUGGCCCAGCUGGUGCACUAUGCGUCCACCCGGCCGGAGAAGUUGUCCCGGUUGAUGCUCUUCAUCCAGGCGAGUCUGAUCGAGAGUCACCGUGCCCGUGAGCUGCCCAUCACCGAAACCUACGUCCAUAUGAUCAAUGCCAUCGUGGCCGAGACCGCCGCCAGCCACGGCUCCACCUACGGCAGGCACAUUCUCGAGGUGAUCUGCUACCUGAUCCGGUGCAUGUCGGCCGAUGGUCUGCCACUGCCCAGCUCAUCCCCAUCCGACAUCCCGCUGGACGAUGUCCGCAUGGCCACGUCGUUGAGCGUUCCGUCCUGA